UACUGUGUUCUUUUGCACCUUUACAUUUCCCACAAAUGUCCAAAUAUCCUCACUUUUUACUUGUAUGUUUUUCCCAUAUAUUUACCUAAUUAGUAUAAUAGAUUUUGAUCAUGUUCCUACUAUUCCCAAGCAACUUUCAAGUAAGCAGUGCUUGAUGGCCGAUCGCUCGGUUCACUAUGACGACUUUUCGCCUUGUGGAUGCUAAUAAAUCGCGAUCCAACGACGAAUAAUUCAGUGUGCGUUCGACUGUCGUCACAGUUCACUUGAAGCGAAGGUGCUCCGAAGGUUUUUGAAAAUCGGCCGUGUGAAAUCUUUUAUCGAUCGUCCCUCAUCACGGAGUGAAAUAUUUCACUGAACGGAAUAUCGCUCUUUACGGAACGUUUGAACGAUCGUGGAGUACGUUUUUGAAAAGUUUGCAAAAUCGAAAUAAACAUCGCACGAAAGUUAUUGAAGAACGUUGAACAAUAGUUGUAUUAUGGAUGGUGCGGUCGCUGGAAAAUCAAUCGGUGGAAAAUUAUCAUUGAAAAGAGAAAACGUUUUUAAGACUCUUUUAAACGUUUCGAGUUUUGGCAUUAAGGUGACGAAAAUGCUACGCGCGUUUAUUUAUAGCGAACAUCGAUUCAUCGUUUGUGGUGUUUGAGUUUGCAAGUGGAUAGACGUUGCAUUGGUGGAAAAUGAAUGAUCCAUUAAUGUUCGCAUUCGGAUCAAAAAGGAUCGAUCGAAAUGCACGCGUGUUCACGUCCUACGUACAUUUGUUUUGAAAGCUUCGAUAAUCGUUGUAUUCAUAGCGAAGCUUUUUUAUCUCCGAAGAUUUUCCGAGCGUUCGAGCGAAUUUUUAUUCUAUAAUUCUAUAAAAAAGCGUAUUUUAAUUCGAUCGGCUUUGAUGUGGCAAAUAAUUUUGUAAAGUAUUUUAUUAUCCUCUGUUCGUCAUUUACUCGCUCACAAGAAAAAUUUGUAUUACGUUAUUUAAAAAAGAUUGAUAACACAAGUGAAAGUUUGCGAGUUCUUGGAUAUAAUACUGCUUCGAAACUUAAUAAAGCAAAAUUGAUUUAAAAAUUUUCGAAUUGGAGAGAUCGAGUAUAUUCGAGUAAAGGAUUAACCAGAUAAAGGAACAUCUUCCUCUGAAAGCAACAUUUUUCUGAAAGGUUUCGCGAGCCUCUGUAUAUAGUGGCUAGAAAAUAUUUGCACAUACCCUCAUUUUCCAAUAAAAUGAUUUAUUUUUAUAAGAUUCUAUACAUUUAAUUUUCACUACCAAGUUUCAGUACUAAGUUUUUGUAAUUAUAUGAAAGUAUACUCUUAUACUAUUAAUUUAUUGAUUAAUGAUUAAUUAGUAUCCAAACGCUAUAAUAUAUAUAAUGUUGAGCAAAUAUUUUUUGUAGCCAUUGUAUAACUAUUGAAGCGUAAUCGACAAUUCUUAUCAUAGCGAGAUAUAAUAAAUCCAAGAAUGUCUCAAUACAUCAUUCAUUUUUCAACCACCGAGUGAACUCGAUUGUUCAUUUGGGAAGGAAGUUUUACAGCGCCCUUGGCCAAUGUUGUCGAGCCUAAUUAUUCAAAAUGGAAGAAUACUAAGUACAGAUAAUUGUCCUUGAGACUCGCUAUAUAGAAGAUUAUAAAAGUUGCUAUUAACAUGUUUUCGAAGAGCGUAGAGCGUUUGUUACCUUGACUCGAAUCGUAAUUCAGUGCUCGAAACGACCGAUGAUUCAGAGAUACAGUUAAUAGGAAACGAUAGUGAACAUGUUUUUCCACAGUGGUUUUUAAACCGUGCAGUUAACGAAGAUAAUCGGCACUUUUACAUUUACAGAAAUAGAGAACACACGGAUGAACUACGAUCGAUAGACGAAGAUAAAGAUUCUGUCUACCAUAUUUAAUAUUUUAUUGGGAAACAUUUAAAUUAUUUUCUUCUAGGAAAAUAUCUAUCAAUUUUACAUUGUUAAUACGAAUGUACAAGUUACUCUUUUCUUUUUAUUUGGCUGAGAUAUGUUCGUAAUAAUUAAAUGAAGCAAAUAACGUAAGAAAUUAUUACUAUGAACGAAUAUUAUGAAAUAUUUGAGGCAAGUAAUAUAUACGUAACUGUGCUAUCUUUAUACCUUUUGAAAUUAUAUCUGUAUUAAAUAGGAAGUAAAUAUAUGUACAUACAUACUUACCUAUACAUACGUACGUGCUAGCAUCUCUUAAACGAUAAAUAUAGAAAAAAUUAUCGAGGAAGAUAUAGCCAUGUAAACAAGUAGAUGAAAAUCAUAAAAAGUCAAUAAAGAAAUAAGUUCGCUUCGUUCAGGUGAACAUUAAUUUUACAAUUGUCGAGGAAAGUCACAUAACCAUCUAGAAAAGUAUAAAUCAUAAAAAAAUAAAGAUUAAUGAAAGAACCAAUCUAUCAUUAUUUUCCAAGCGUACGUAAAGAAAUUUUCCCUCGAAAAACCAAUAGCGUUACGUUCCCUUAUAUCUUUCUUUAUAUUUCUGUUUUAUCAAACACUCGAAAGAAGAGUAUGAUCGCGAGAUAAUUAAAAAAUUACCCGAUAACGAUAGAUUAUAUUAUCGAUGAAAUCGAGGCUCGCGUAUCGUUUGCACUCUCUUUUCUCUCUGUAAGAAGAUAUUUCAGUGAAAGUGCAGGACUUGGUCGCGUACCCGAUCAGCUGACCCAUUGAUUUCCUCUAGAGCGUUCCACGGUUUAUUAUUACGCUAUUCGGUAUCGCAGUCUCCUCUUUUGAUAAGUGCGCGUGGUAAAAGAUGUUAAAGAUAGAAGUGACUUUCUAAAUCCUGCUGUUAAUUCGAAUAUGUAUUACCGAGAUAAAAACAAAAAUACCUGAGAUUAUUUGGGAUGAUUUGAUGAUCAACGACAAUUUUAUUUGAUGUUUUAUUCUUAGAAGUCUUUUAUUGACAAUUUCUAUAGAGUGAGAACAAAAUUUUGCAAAUAUAGUUGUGCGAAAUUGAAGUUAAAUUAACUCCAUUGAGCAUAGCUGAUUGGUUUCUGAGAAAUUAAUUAAAGAUGGAAGAAAAACUGUGCAUCUUUCCUGUUAUUUGUAAAUUUGAUUUACCGACCAAGGGGUAAUUAAAUGUUCGAUGAGGUAUUGAAAAUAAAACAGAAUGAUGUCUGGUAACUUUAUAUCGUUGCAUUUAUGGACAGAAAUUUUUAUCUUUAUGAUUACACUCGACAGAGAAAUUCCUUAGAGAUAUUCUUAAAUGUGGAACACGUUUCUUGACUUGAAUUACGAAUUCGAGUUAAUAACUUAAUUGAACAAAUUUGUAUAUAUAAUCACGUUAAAAAUAUAAUAAACUAGUUCUAGCAAAUGUAAGUACGAUAUAACGAUACGUUGAAGGGUAAGAAAUCUGUGAAAAGAUGAAUUAUUACGUCGAAAACAUCAGCAAUUCCUUGAUUAAUAAAUUGAAAAAGUACUUUGUAUUCGAAUUUCUCAUCCAAAUGUUGGUUCGACAUUUCGUAUAUAUUCACCAAAGUAUCCAUUGCAUGUGAAAUUAUUACGUAACGAACAGGAAAGAGAAAGAAAGCUAGUCAUUCUAUUUAAUAAAACUGCUUGUCCGUGAAGCGUGUUAUCCAACAACGAAACACUUCUCCCGUUCGUAGUCCAUUAACUGGAUUGUUUUUCAAGCAGAAACUUGCUUCCUUCAAAGAGUUAGACAAUUUAAAGAUGAUUGCCUAUAUUUGUGAUAUCGAUUUAAUUGCAAAAAUUAAAAACGAUAAAUUUCAUGCGAAGUUUAAGAAAAGGAAAAUUUUCAUAACAAUUUAUAUGGAAAAUUGCACGCUCUAGAAAUAGUUUCACUCUAAUAAUUUCUAUUGCAGUAGAACCUCGUUUAUUGGAACGAAAUUUUAAUUACUGCCCGAUUAAAUAAAUUACAGCUAAUUGAUUCCAUUUAAUUUCACCUUGAAUUUAUGUUACGUGAACGAAAAAUCAUAGAUAGAUCAUUGAAUUUCUGUUGUAUGAACUCUCUUUGUUCCUCGAUAGAUUCAAAUAAACUGAGUUCUGCUGUAUAAUAAUCUCUAGUAUGCUAAUGAUAAUUUUCUAUAAAAAUUAUGGAUUAGCACAUAGCAAUAUCUUUCCCAAUUAACAGGUUAAAUAAAAGUUAUGCGAAGCUAUUGACACUAACAAUGUCUCUUUUAUCGUUUCGAAUAUAAGCUUUGAACAAUUAUUUGAUAGCACGUGAAGCUUCUGUGAUUAAAAAUUCGCGAGUGAUACCAAGGAAUCUAUUCAAUGAACGAUAAGUUAACAACAAGGAUUAGUAUUGAUAAGUACGGGUAAAGGAAAGUGAAAAUGUCACACCUUCGAUUGAAAAGUCGGAAAAGUUCGAAUGAAUCACCGCCGAAUAAAAGCUCGAAGCUGAUGUCGCCCCAUGGAGAGUAUCGAAGGCUUCAGUUUACUUUACUGAAGGGUCAUUUGGAACAUCGUUUCCACGAGACCUUGCAUCGGACUGACUCGAUGGUAUCACUCUGCUACCGAUCUCUCGCCAGCUAUAUCACAGACGAUAAUCUCGCUGGUCUUCAAAGCUUCCUCGAAAACAAACGAGUACUGAUCGAUGACCGAGACGAGAAUGGAAGUACAGCCCUCAUCCUUGCAGCAACUAAAGGGAAGAUACACUUUGUACGAGAGCUUAUCAAUCAUGGUGCAGAUGUUAAUGCAGAGGACGCAGACAAUUGGACGGCGUUAUUGUGUGCGGCCAAGGAAGGGCACACAGAUGUGUGCCUUGAAUUACUCGAACAUGGCGCCGAUUUGGAACACAGAGACAUGGGAGGGUGGACUGCACUUAUGUGGGCGACGUAUAAGGGUAGGUCGCCGACGGUGAUGAUGCUACUAGGACGUGAAGCUGACGUCAAUGCACAUGGAAAUUUUCACAUAUCUUCGUUGUUAUGGGCCGCAGGCAGGGGUUACCCCGAUAUUGUUAAGGAUCUUAUUGCUCAUGGUGCUAAAGUCAAUGUCGGUGACAAGUAUGGUACUACAGCGUUGGUGUGGGCGUCGCGUAAAGGUCACGUAGAAAUUGUAGAUACUCUUCUAAAAGCUGGUGCUAAUGUCGAUACUGCUGGCAUGUACUCAUGGACAGCUCUUCUAGUGGCCACUCUUGGGAAUCACUUGGAGGUGGUACUACUUCUUUUAGAACAUAAACCAAACGUGAACGCGUUAGAUAAAGAUGGAUGCACAGCUCUGGCAAUAGCUUGCCGAGAGGGGCAUCACGAAAUAGCAAAUGCUCUUUUGAAUGCUGGUGCUUAUGUGAACAUUCAAGAUAGGGCUGGUGACACAAAUUUAAUUCAUGCUGUGAAAGGCGGACAUAGAGGAGUGGUUGAAUCUCUUUUAAAAAAGUAUGCUGAUGUCGACAUUGCCGGAAAGGAUAAGAAAACUGCAACCUACAUAGCAGUCGAAAAAGGCAAUAUUUCAAUAUUGAAGCUGUUAUUAAAUGCAAACCCAGAUUUAGAAAUUGCGACAAAAGAUGGUGAUACUCCAUUAUUACGGGCAGUUCGAUCGCGAAACGCUGAAAUCGUGCAGAUAUUGCUAGACAAAAAAGCUAAAGUAUCAGCCACCGAUAAAAAAGGUGAUACUGUACUACAUAUAGCUAUGCGAGCUAGAUCGAAAGCCAUCGUUGAGAUACUAUUGAGAAAUCCAAAAAAUAGUCAACUACUGUACCGUCCAAAUAGACAAGGAGAGACUCCUUAUAAUAUCGACAUCAAUCAUCCAAAAACCAUUCUUGGACAAAUAUUUGGUGCACGGCGUCUUAAUACCAAUGAAGAUAAUGAAAAUAUGCUCGGUUACGACUUGUACAGUAGUGCGUUAGCGGAUAUCCUCAGUGAACCAUCUCUUUCAACGCCUAUAACUGUUGGCCUUUACGCGAAGUGGGGUUCAGGAAAAUCAUUUUUGUUAAAUAAAUUAAGAGAGGAAAUGAAAAAUUUUGCUCGCCAAUGGAUGGACCCAGUAUUCCAAUUUUCUUUCUUAUUAUUCGUAGUAAUAACUCAUGUAUCUUUGUUAGUGGGUAUCACAAUAGGUCUUGCCCUCCAAUCAUGGAUUGUUGGUCUUGCAUGUGGUAUAAGUCUUAUAUUUUUUACGUACACUUUUUUGAUACUUGUCUGGUAUGCUAACAAAAGAUAUGAUUGGUACUGGCCAUACAAUUUCACGGUAGCUCUGACUACAAAAUUAAAUUCAUUGAAACUGCUUUUACAAGUAAUUUUUUGUCAUCCUCCUGGUGGUCGAGUUCACGAUGAUAUCACUGUUCAACCCAUAAAGUUCUAUUUUACUGACCAGACCCGAGUCGGCACAACUGCUGCCGGAGAGAACGCAGUAGUACAAAUGGUAGGAUCGCUUUAUGAUUCCAUUGAGAAUGAAUUUGGUUCUUUAUCCACGCGACUCUACAGAGCAUUCAGACCAAAACCAGAUAAAUCAACGACAACAUGGAAAUGGAGACAUCUUUGUUGUUUACCAUAUAUAGUUAUAUUUGAAUUCUGCUUUUGCAGUUUACUCGUUGGUAUCUCCGUACUUACGGUCUAUCUCAUCGAUAUUUCUAGCAGCGAGCCAACAAUAGAAAGAGUUACAUCACACAUUAUUAUGAUAACCAUUGCCUUAAUACUAGCUGUUAGCGUAAUAGCAAACUUAUAUACAUGGAGUCGAACGUUGCAAGCACUUGUUUUCUCUCAAAGACGGCACCUACAGCGCAGCAUUUCUAAGUUAGAGACUUUAAAAAGCGAAGGUUUUAUACAGACGCUAAGAAGCGAAGUCAGUUUAAUGACCGAGAUGGUUAAAUGCCUAGAUAGUUUUAUGGCACAACAAAGCAGAUUAGUAAUAAUUGUGGAUGGUCUGGAUAGUUGUGAACAAGAUAAAGUGUUGUUAGUUUUAGAUGCUAUACAAGCAUUAUUCAGUGAUAACGGUUAUCCAUUUGUUGUUAUAUUAGCGAUUGAUCCACAUAUUAUUGCCAAGGCAGUGGAAGUCAAUAGUAGAAGAUUAUUCACAGAGUCUAAUAUCGGAGGACACGAUUACUUACGUAAUAUGGUGCAUCUUCCAUUUUAUUUGCAAAACAGUGGUUUGCGAAAGGUAAAAGUAGCUCAACAAACUGCCCAACAUAGCAGAAAAACUACGUGGACCGAAGCCGAGGAAAGUGUAAAUUACACCGCGACUAGUACAAUGCAUCACUCUGUUUCUAACAGAAGACUUAGCACAGAGUCUGCUAUAAUGAACAGCAAUGAAAAGUUGAAACCGCAAAGCAGAAAAGGCAGUAGAAAAUUACGAUUAAGCGAGUCAAUCGCAAGUAGCAUCGGUAGCAAUUUAAAUCGAUUGGGCGGUGCACAAGAUCUCAAUAAAAUGCUUCUUACUGACGAUUACUUUAGUGACGUGAAUCCUCGUAGUAUGAGAAGAUUAAUGAAUGUUGUUUAUGUCACUGGAAGAUUAUUAAAAGCAUUCCAAAUUGAUUUCAACUGGUAUCAUUUAGCUAGUUGGAUCAAUAUAACUGAACAAUGGCCAUUUAGGACGUCUUGGUUGAUUCUUCAUUACGAUAUGUAUGAAGAUAGUUUAGAUGAUUCCAUGUCGUUGAAAAAUCUUUAUGAUAAGAUACGACCCCAAAUCCCAGUACUUAAAGAAGUUCAACCUCUGUUAGAAAUGGAUAGAGAUGAACGGAAACUAGAUAUUUUCCUGACGUUCCAUCGUUCGAGUUUACUUGUUAGCGAUAUGAAAAUAUUCUUACCAUUCACAAUAAAUCUCGAUCCUUAUAUUAAGAAAAAAAUAAAAGAGGAGCAACAGAGUAUGGAAGAAGAAUCAGGACUACUUGGUCCAUAUAAACAGUAUAGUCCUUGGACUUUACCUAGUAAUACACAUGAAUCAUGGAGUGUAAAUAAAAGUGGUUUACCAAAUCGAACAAUGAAACUUGUUAAAACACCAAGUCUACAAGGACAUGUACCAGUACCAUCAACAUCAUGGGUACAACCGUGUUUGCAGCCAACAUUCGAUUGGCAGACUCCAUCGUGGCAAGUACUUCCCGUGGAACCGGCGAUUAAACCACUCUCUGCAACUACAACAUUACCGUCCGAGAUUUUGGAGAUAAGACUCUCAUCUUUAACAGUAAAUGGAAUUUGCGACCUUAUUGAUAGGAUCGACAGUAUAAGUCCUAAUCAAGCACCACAGUACAAACAAGUUAUUAAAGAGAAUAACAUUACUGGUAGAGUUUUAUUGCAUUGUGAUUUACAGGAGUUGAAAAAGGUUCUUAAAAUGGCUUUUGGAGAUUGGGAAUUGUUUCGUAUGAUGAUUGUAUCGCUUAGAGAAUUAGAACUUUCAUCAUUUAGCACACAAGAAGAAGGUUCACGAAGUGUUCGAUUCACCGUAGGAUCGGAACAAAUUCAACGAAAAGGAGGAGAUCAUGCUUUACAAAAUACUUCGAUACGUGUGCCAACACAUGUAGAAAAAGACAAAGGAACAUCGAGAACCGAUGGUCCUAGGCGAGAUCAAACUAAACAAUCUAUUAUGGAAAAACAAUUCCAGGUAACUUUAGAAGAACAGAUGAUAUGUGGUGCAUUACAAACUUUAAAUGAAGAAGCGUGUGAAGAUGUAUUAGAUGUACCAUCUUCUGCAGUGGUACCAUCAGACUCACUCGCAGGAUCCAUUUCGAUGGCCCCUCAAGAUACAGAUUACGUGAUUCUUCAAUCUAAUCCACUUCUACACUGGGUACCAGUCAACGAUGAACCAGAGACGUCAGACGACAGCUCGUUCGAGUCAACAGUACAUCUUCAACGUACGAACUCUCAACGUAGUAUUACAUCUCAACUUAGUACCAGAUCGGCUUGUUCGUUCGGACGUAAAGAGCUAAGAAAGAGUGGAGGCAAUUCUAUCAGUAGUAGACCAGCGUCGCUUUUUGUGUCUCCUCCGCCUUCUCCCAGACCUGCCUUCAGAUCCAAGUCAACAGAUGAAAACUAUGUAGCUAAUAAUAUACCCAUGAAAUCGGCUAUCUCUACACCUAUGAAGAAACGAUGUUCGACUUCGACCUUAAACGAUGAGUUAAUUUUAUCGGUCCCUGUUCCAAACUCCAGCUUGGAAAAGUUAAGCAAACUGAAAGACCGUCUUAUGGGAACGUUACCUGUCUCGCCUGCUCCAGGAGAGAGCGAGGAUGAGUCCACGCCGUUAGUUUCCGAAUUAUCUACUCCAACUCAUUCGCAAUCCGAUAGCGUGUUUAAACACGACUGCAGCGAGGAGAACAGUAGCUCGAUUUCCUCGAAUAAAAGUUUACCCCAUGAUGGAGAACGAUCCAUCGAUGUUGUUGAUUAUUCCGACACUGUUAGUUUAAUGGUACGAGAAGCUUCGCAAGUGCGGUUUCUAUCGCGUCAAGACGCCGAGGAAUGGGACAAUCCCGAAACACCUGUUUGAUGUCAUCUGCUACACAGUUGUUAGCCAGUCUCCUUAAUAUACAAUAACGCAUGAUAAAAAAACUUUAAAUGAAAUGGUACUUAAAUCUGGGCUUGUGAUAUAUAUUUUCAAAGAGAGAGAUAGUCAGAACAGCAAAUUGAAAAAUUCACACACUUUGUACAUAGUAAAUAGAAGAUAUCGAACUUUUUAGAUAAAGCGUUCGAAGCUGUUCAUGCAUCAGAGCGAUGAUAUUAGACAAAGAGAAAAUGCCUUUUAUGCAACAUAUGUACAGUAUGUUUGAGUUCAUUGUUGCAGAAGAUACGUCUGAUAAUCGCACUCUAACAUUCCUUGAUACUAAUUUUAAUGCAUUUAACGUGACGCCAGCGUAUCAGCUGUUUCUUUUCAAAGAAGUGAAACAGAAAACAUUUCUUUUAUCAUAUUGUAAACAUAUGCUGAAUGAUUAAUUCAAGUCAAUUCAUGAAAGCAGUAAUGAAACUCGACAAAUUAUAUGUACAAAAAAUAAAUUAUAUUUAAUAAAUCCUAAUUGUCUCAUA